AUGCCAUCAUCUAGGCGAAAUCCCCGCGACGCUCAAUCUCAGCCGCCUCACCUACGUCCAAUCAGUCGCAACAAGAGCAACCAAGGAGCACCCAAGUAUUUUAUGGCCGUUUUAGUCGAAAUCAUCGAAAGUGCUACUUGCGGUGUCGAAUUCUGUUGUGCAAAGCGACAUGGGAUAAUGUUUGACAGAUCAAACGAGGCACUCAUGAUCACUCUCCUCAGCAACUUCGACGCUAAGAAGGAUCCAAUGGCUAGCUUCCUCCGCCAAUGCCAAAACCACCUCGUCUCAGCUUCGUUUUGCGAUUCUGGUCAAUGCGUUAGAAAACGCAACAUCAAACAGAAACCGAGCUAUAGGAGCAUCGAUAUCAUGUUCAAGUUUCCCCGUUCCCUCAAUUUGAUGAGUUUAGAAGGGAGGAAUAAAGUACUCUGCUUAAAGUCUGGCACCACUAGAGCUCCAGAAGACCAAGGUCGCUCGCUCCUCACCAAGCAAGCACGCCAGAGUCGGAUGGAGAAAGAGAAAGUCAAGGAGAAGGAAAAGAAGAAUGACGGUAUUUGUAUUAGCCCAAGUGCUUCAGAUAUGGGUAAAGGCAAAUUUAAGGUUUGGGAGGAUGUUCCGGAGGUGGACGCACCUGGUUUACCCACUCUGCCACAUGAUAGCUCAGAUCUUUCUGAACCUCCCUUGCCUUCCAUCCCCAGUUAUUCCAAAGGUAAGAAGAAGCAGGAUCAGAAGCAGAAACAACCAAACAACUUCCGUAGGAGGGUAGAAGCAGAAUUUGAGCGUAGAAGAGCAGCUGCAGAACCAGACGAUCAUGAAGCCAUGUUCAAUCACGCACUCGCUCCUGACAUUGAAAGUCUCGGUGUGACGAUAAGUGAGGAAGAUUCCGCACGACAACUUGCUCGGUUGCUGCGUGUUUUAAACUCAAACACACUCUACGACGACGGCAGCUGUGUAUUUGGGAGUAGGGUAGUGGAUAACCUAGAGAAUGUAGCUGAGAGCGUUGAUAUGAUGACGCGGGUGCCGUCAUCGUAUUUGCCUCAUAUGUCAGCACCUAUUUGGGACAGCUCACUCGGUUUAUUUCCAGAUACAGGUACGUAUGAUGAAUAUGAUAACUACCAUAACACGGGCUUGGAUGAUAUUUGGGAGGAUAUUAUGCUCACCAGAUACGGUGGCGAUGGCUUUCAGACGCAGAUAAUAACGAGACAGCAACGCAGAGAGACGGCGAGGACGGGUACACCAACCACGCCGUUUUACUUUUUUUGA